AGAAGGCGCAGCUCAUGCUAGUUAUCGACCGCGAUCGGUUUUGAAUUCGGCGAUAGAGCGAGUGCAGUCGUGUAAGGUCUAGUUACAACGGAGAGGGAACUCAAUCUGACCACUACAUUGCUACCUCGACGCCCUAGUCGUCAUCUGUGUCGUUGCCUCGGUGACGGUCAAUCGCAAUGUCGUUCAAUACCUCUGUUGAUCUCAAAGCCAACUGAAUACACCUCGUCCACUACUUCCAACUUUGAGCCCGUGCUUGAAGUCAAUGCUUUUUCAAGUCUAAUGUUCUGAUCCUAUCUGAAAUAUGGCGAGCAGACAGAACAAACAAAAUUAUAACAUCAUCAUCAAGCAUUGAUACCCAAUCCCAAACCACAACAGUAGGGAGUAAGUAGCAACUUGUUGGUAAAAGUUUGUGACAGACAAAAACGAAAAGACAAAAUGACGGAUUUUCGACAAGGAGUAUUGAUUCACAACUUCAAUGAAGACAAUUUCGGUCGGGAGCUUGUCGACAAGGGUAAGCUCAACUUCCCAACACCGGAAUCCAUCACUCACUCAGCGUAUCAAGACCCGCGACUUGUGAUGUCAUAUCACAAGCAACAGGGAUUUGAUUCUGUUAUGGACUGACAGAUAGCUUAUCUAGUAAAUAAUUGAGAUAGCUUUACAAAAUAGCAACUUGGACGAAACUUGGAUGAACACCUAUACAUAGCUUAUUUAGUAAAUAAUUGUUGGAUGAACAACUACAUGAUGGACUGACAGAUAGCUUAUUAUUGGAUGAACAUGUACUUAGAUGUACCUCUUUAAAGAUGUCAAGAAUGUCAAUCUCUACUAUACGACCUCUUAGAUACUGCGCUCUACCAGUUUACACCCCUCGAGUGGGUACAUCAAUCAAUCAAUCAAGGAAUCAGUCAGUCAGUCAAUCAAUCAAGCAAUCAGUCAGUCGAUCACUCAAGUACAUACAACUCUCAAGUACAUACUAGAAGUAUAAUUGAGCAGUCAACAUAUCUUCCUGUGUACGUGUAGUUCCUCAAUUUCCGUCGUCCUAGACCUUAUCAUCCUCGUCAACAUUCUCCUUACAACAGUACUUCUAUUAGAGGCAGAAGAAUAAGGAACAUCUAAAGCCCGAUACAACUCAAGCGUGGGCUCAGGCUCCGAUGUUGAGUCUAUUCGUGCAAGUGGAGAGAAACCGGUCUAUCAUGCAGGCGGAAUGGAAGCAUCGCUGUUGUUCGGACACAGUGGUGAUGUGCGGACAACAAGGGUUAUGAGUCGGAAAGAAUUUAGUCUCUAAUAGAGGAACGAAAAACUAAGGGGAUACUCAGAAGCAUCUUGUUCCUUCCGUUUUCUUUAAAGGGAACUAGCGGGAGCCCAAGAUGCUGCUGAGGAUGGAUUUACGUUACUCCUAAUAUGAGUUGGAAAGAACUUAGCAGAAACGUAGCCACGGUCUCACGUUUGUUUCUCUUAGUACUUCACCAAUCUUUCUAGGAAAUUCUAAGAAAGGCCUCCGUCAAAAAGCUUACAUCACGAGCGCGCAGUAUUUUUACCAGGAUCCGGAGACGGCUAAGGGGAGCCUGAAAAACCCAUAUCACUGCGAGAAGUUCUAUGAGGGAUCGCAUCCGAUCGAGGUAAUUUCAGGCUGGGUUCUAGUACCGGAGCUUCAUUGUCAUGAUUGAUUCACUCAACUUCAUCUGAACAAUUCUUAUGGUACUAGAAAUGAUUAAUCGAAAACUCAAAAUAGCCGAGUAGCCAACUGAAAUAACAGAGUCAUUCUCAUUACAUUGCUCUUGUUUCAGUAUCUCGCUUAUUCUAAGUAGUUACUCGCUUAUUUCAGUUUAUCGAAUAAUUAUAAUUAUGAAAAAAGACUACAUCUUCCUUCUCCACCUCCAGGCUCCACUAGACCUCCUUAAACAGGUGUCCAGACACCUGGCUCCAAGCAAGAUCGCUAUGUCAACGCGCAAGAACUGGGAAAAGCUGAGAGAUCCCUAUGUCUCGGUCUACAAGAAGGAGCUGGUAAAAGCGGACCCGACAGAGGGACUCGAAACCAAACGAAUCCCGCGAGUCAAAGGCGAAUUCACUCAGAAGGUGGAUGCGGUGUGUAUUAAGCGAACGUACUAGAAGAAGUUGAGGUGAAUUAUAUUAUAAGUAGUAAGCAGUGUGAUAUAGUGAUGUGCUUUGAGCUCGUCGGACUCGGGCUGCUCACCUGCUGAAAACAAAAUAUUUUCGAGAUUAAGAAAUAUGAUGAACUGAGCUUUGCUCGUCUUCUGCACCAGAACUUGAAAUCGGACGACACAUGGAACAACGUAUUCUCGAACAAGUAUCAGUAUGUACAACGUGUUUUUCUUCUAAGUAUUUCCCCGCCUAAGAAAUCAUACAGGACAUAGAUCUGUAGACGAGCACUGUAGCACUCGAAACUCAAUUAUCCCAGUAUUCCUGUCGAGAACAGCUUUUGAGCUGUGAAUGAGCUCUAGAGUCUUGAUCUUCGAAAUAGGAGAUAGUACUUAACCUCUUUCCGGUGAAAACUUGUGAUUAUUCCCAGUAUUCGGUAUAGCUAAGUAGAACUUGUCGUGACGAUUAUGCAAAAGUAGAUGAAAUUAAAUCAAAUUGAAAUUGCUACGCCAGACGCGGGCUCACUGGUGACCCACAAAAUAUUGCACCGACGUUGAAAACCUCUUCCUGAAAGUACAAAUGAACGACGAUUGGCAUUGGAACUAGUGCAACUCCUUUAUCCAUUGCAGGUACAAAUUCAAUUUCGACGACA